CGCAUCCCGGCUGCAGCAGCCAAUGAGCAGGUGGCCUUGUCAGCGUUGCCCCGCCCCAAGUAAGAAAGGGGAGGAGGUAGCAGAAGAGACUCGCGCAAACGGAGCUGUUAUGAGAUUAAAUGAAGCGCGUCUCCGCAUUAAGAAGGUAAGGCGGCUUCCCGGUUUCUUUUUUUUUGUUGUUUAAUUUUAUCUCCGGUUGUUGCUUUUUUACGGAUUUCCGAUUGCUUUCGUCUCUCUUCUAACACAAGCGGCAUCUUCCCCUACAAUUUCACUUUGGUGAGUGCCAAUGCUGCCGGCACCUACGGCAUUGCGAUGGACUUCAGGCGCAUACAUUGGAACUGCAUAACUUUUGAGCUUGAUUCAGUGCACUGACCCGCUGUAGUGAGCUGGUCGCUAUACAAAAUAAAGUCGAUGCAGGACGAUGGGUUGACGUUCACGCCUCCCGUCCCCCCAUCCCUUACCAUCGAAAGCGCCGGGCUUCAGCUCCUGCGCCGGGACAACUGGAGCUGGCCGUUUUCCAAAAAAGAAAACUUGCUCUUACUCGUAAAAAACUGACACCCUCUGCAAACGAGAAUGUGGGCAGCCGUGUCGACACUUACUCUCCUGGGCACGCUGCUGCUCCAGCUACCUGCAAAGGCCAGUGCUUCUGAGUAUCACAGCUGCAAUGCCUCCUGCAUCUGUGCAUCAGAUAUCCUGAGUUGUGUCAACAAAAGCCUGUACCAAGUACCCACCAACUUGCCCACUUCAACUACUGCAUUGGAUCUCAGCCACAACAUGAUAGUCCACUUGGAAAAUAGGAGCUUCUGGAAGCUUUCACGCCUUGAAAUGUUGCGGUUGGCACACAACCGACUGACUGACAUCUCUCAGGGGGCUUUCCUGAAUGCCAGUGGUGUGCGCCACCUGGACCUUUCAUCAAACAGGUUGCAGGUUGUGGAGCAGCACUACUUCCAGGAGCUGUGCAACUUAGAGGAGUUACUGCUCUACAACAAUCAUAUUUCACGAGUAGACAACAAAGCUUUGUCUUCUCUGACCAAGCUUCACAAGGCUUACUUCAGCUGGAACUUACUUACUGAUUUUCCAUUCUUCUCCAUCCAGCAGGAAAGUCACCCCCUAUUGACCACUUUGGACAUUUCAUCCAACCGGCUACUGGCACUACCAAUUGAGGAAGUGGCAGCUCUGCCAGUAAGCAUUAAAAAUGGUCUCUUCUUGCACAAUAACCCGCUGAGAUGUGAAUGCACUCUGUACAGCAUGUUCCUCCACUGGGAGCGGGAGGGAUUUAGCUCAGUGCAUGAUUUUCGCGAGGAACAUACAUGCCUAGCGUAUGGAGAGACCCGUGCACAGAUUCGCUUCUUCCAUCAUGUGCGUAUCUUUGAGAACUGCACCUUCUAUGUUCCUGGGAUGCCAAACACCUCCCAAGGUAGCCUGCAAGCCUAUGUGGGUGAACCACUGCACAUCAAUUGUGGAACGAUUUUGCAUGGGGCACAUACAACCUAUCACUGGAUCUCACCCCACCGUGAGUUCAUUAUACCACCAAGUAACACCAACAAGACUAUUUACAUGUAUACCAAUGGCAGCCUGGAAAUAAAGGAAGCUCAGAUUGAAGACUCUGGAAUUUACAUCUGUGUGGCCAUCAACCGUGGGCUGAUGCGUAAUGAGACCAGGGAAGUGAACGUAACCGUGCUGAAACGCCGUUCCCAUGGGGAAGGAUUCAAUACAGCAUUGACCACGUUGCUGGGCUGUGUGGUUACCCUGGUCCUGGUGGUCAUGUAUCUCUACCUGACACCCUGCUAUUGCUGCUGUCGCAAGCAGCCUUCUGCAAGUCCUACCAAUGAGUGCAGUGCUCAGUCUUCCAUUCUGACCAGCACACCCCCUGCUAGCACAGAGGGUCCUGGUAGAAAAAUUAGUGGCAAUAAGCAUGUGGUUUUUCUCGAGCCAAUUAAAGAAGUGCAAAAUGGGAGACUUAAGGUGAUGCUGGGCAGUGACAACUCACAACAAACGCAGCACUUCAAGUCAGACUCAGACUCCAUUACAUCCCUUUACUCAGACUCUCCCAUGGUCCUCUAGAGUAACACGAAGACUCAGCACUACAGGAUCACAGCACCGUCACAUCUGCCAAGUCACUCCUUUUCUAGCGUCUUUUACCUUCUGCCAUGAUCUUAAGGCUUUAAAAGGUUCCCUGAUGCAACUAUGCAGCACUUGACAGGGAGAAAAUGGCAUGCAUACACACUAGAGGCUUUGUUACAGCUUUGUGGAUCUGAUCAGACUGUGCCCCACCAAUUCACUUUGCGGAAAUAACGUCAUGCAAUUCAGCACCUGCAUCAUCAAGCUAAAAUAAAUGCAAAAAUCAUUUUCAGACUGUGCUAACAUUGGACAGGCUGCUUUUUUUCUAUGCUCUGCUUAAAUCUAAAAAUCACAUUGUGGUGCUAGUAUUAGUCUGCAAAACUCUGCCGUCAUGUGUUGAGACUCUUCCUCCUGAAAUCAAUUCUCAGUACAGUGUGAGAGGUAUUUUUUUUCUCAAGUUGCAUUUCCUUUCCAACAGGAAAUCACAGAACACUAACUAAGAGCAUAAGACUUUUUAUAGAGUGUUUGCAAGAAUAGCCGACUUUGCUAGUUUUAGGACCUUGAACCAUUUUAAUACUAUAAGAUCGCUGCACUGUGUGAAAGGUACGCAGUAUAAGUAGAAAUUUUGAAAUUCUCAUGCUUUUGCUUAUAUUGGCACAGUUGGCCCUAUAGAUGGCAGGGCCGACUUCUUGUCAAUACCAGCAUGUGCAAUCACAUUUGUAGGAAUGUCGAUGAAAUAGUGUUUUCCAGUUUUGUUUUAGAGUAAAAAGAAAAACAAAUUAAACCAGAGUGACCACUUCACUAAAUGUGUGUUGCUCUUAAGCAGUGGGAAAAAAUCUAAUAAGCAGUCUUUUGAAUUGUGGGAGGAGCAGGAAGCACUCAGCCAGUACAGCUGCCAACAACUAUUAACAUGGAAGGCUAAUGCACUUUGUUCUAAAGAAAUGCAGCAAAAGGCAAGGUGUUUGAAGAAUGUCAGCAGGAAUCUGUAGGGAAAGGAUAAAGUCGGAAAAAAAACUACAGCCGGUGUAGUAAAUCCGAGUAAUGACAGGCCAUAGUGAGUGCAGGUAUUAAUUACAACUUCUUGUAAGACUUUUAUGAAUCUCUUUAAAAUAAUUAUUUACCUGCUCCUGCUUUAAAUCUGUAGAUGCAAAAUGAAUCUGUAGUAUAAAAUUUACCAAUGUGUUAA